AAUGUCACCACACAAAACAUCCUUCCCUAUUACACUCAUAAGCACAUAGAUAUACAGGCAUAAAAUAUAAAGGGCUUUGUCAAUCCUAGUGUCUUGAAGUGAAAAUGAAGGCAUCAUAUGUUGCAGUUUGUGCAACGCUGGUGGUGGUGCUGCUCCUGGCUGAGCAAACACAGGUGACAGAGGCAGUGACUUGUAGCCCAGCACAGCUGAGUCCAUGUGUGAGUGCAAUUACAUCUUCCUCCCAACCAUCCCAACUCUGCUGCAGCAGGAUCAAGGAGCAGAAGCCUUGCCUUUGUGGUUAUUUCAGGAACCCAAACCUCAAGAAGUUUAUUGAAACCCCUAAUGCCAGGAAGGUUGCUAACACUUGUGGUACUCCCUUCCCCAAGUGCUGAAAUCCCUUUGAGAUCAUCAUUAUCCAUCUCUUCUGCUCUCUCUCUCUCUCUGUACCACUACUAUUAUGUGUCUCUCCAGCUAAAUGGUCUUUUAUGGUUCUGGUGUGGUAUGUCUUUAUGUUGUUGUAGCUACUAGUAGCGAAGCACUAUCUGUGUUUGAAAUAUCAUGAGGGAAAUGUCUACUUGUCUCUAGUUUUUAGUCUUGUGUUAUCUGUUAUGUUGAAGCUGUUGCAGAUGCAGUAUCUAUAAUGAAUGCAGUGUUAAGUACUUAA